CUACUGCUGAGCAAGACUGCUUGUGACGUGAUAACUAGCCUUAAAUUUAACGAGGUUGGGAGGGCUCGCCCGCUUCAAAAUAAACUUCAGGAAUCUAGUAUAAUUUGUAUACCUACGCUUGCGGGUACACCGGCUAUCUCACGCUCGGUGGCGUUCAACAGCUGGAGCAUGGACCGGCAUAGCCUUGCCACAUAGUCCACUUUCUAGCCCUGCGGCGGUAACUAGGUGUAUCCGCUAGCAUCUCAGCUGACAGCUAUGGCGCGGCAAAAGCGACAGCGAGCUUCAACAACUCCCGAGGAUGGAGCGGACCUUGCUGCGGAAGCCCCACCCGCCAAAGUGCUGCGGCGCUCGGCGCGCGUGCGCUCGAUCACAGAAGCAGCGGAGGCCAAAACCGCUACUGUUUCACCAGCUGUGCCCGCUGUCAAGGAGGAGCCAGAGGGUGAUGACCACGAGGAAGAGCUACUGCCACCGCAGCAGCAGCAGCGGCAGCCGGGCGCCGUGGCGCAGCAGCAAGGAGGGCCGCUGACGCAGGAGCCCCAACCCCGGCAGACAAGGGCCGCUGCAGCUGCUACACCGUCGCCCAUGGUGAAGUCAGAGCCAGCGGCAAGCCAGGAGCCCGCAACUCAGGAGGCGGACCAGCAGGACUCGGAGGUCGCGAGUGAACCGGAGCCGGAGGAGAGCGAGCCGGAGUCGGAGGAGCCGCCCUCUCCCAAGAAGCCCGCGACGGGGCAGAAGGGCAAGAAGGCGGCGAAGAAGGCUGCCAAACCCAAGAAGGAGCGGAAGAAGAAAACCCCCACCCGGCGCAUCUGCCUGUCUGCGGCCAUGGCGCAGUACGGCCUGAGCCGCAAGGAGAUGGACGCGCUCACCGACGUGCAUCUGGAGCCCAACCCGCACCACGCCCGCGGCGCCCCCAUGCGGCUGUACCUGGCGCACCAGGUGGCGGAGCUGGCAGCCAAGAAGCAGGAGCGGCUGCGCUACGAGGCCGACCACGCGGACGAGAUCGCGGCGGCCCGGGAGGAGGAGGCGCGGCAGCGGCGCGAGGCGGCCAAGCAGGCGGCGGCGCUGCGGGCCAGGGAGGCCAAGCUGGCGGCGCAGGCCAAGGUGGCGCCGCUGCGGCGGCAGUCCAUCGGGGACUCGGUGCCCGCCGGCGCUACGCCGCUGCCGCAGGAGCUGUGGGCCGUGGUGUUCCAGCGGCUGGCGGCGACGCUGGAGCCUCAGGGUGGCGUGCGCGGCCCGAGCGUGGUCGCAGAGGACAUCGUGCGUGCGGGUCUGGCCUGUCGCGAUAUGUUCAUUGCGUCGCGGGCGGGGCUGGAGGCGCUGGCGGAGGAGGUGGUGGCCAAGCGGCACCUGGACAUGCAGCGGCCGCCGUUGCCGGUGGCGGCGCCCGUCGUGGACUGGGCCAGGUGGGACAAGGCACUGCGCACGCCCCUGGACUGCCUGGUGCCAGAACUCAAGUCCGCGUGCAAGGACGUGGGCACCACCUGCAGCGGCACCAAGGCCGAGCUGGUGGUGCGGCUGAUGAACCACUUCGGUCUGCCCGACGGCCGCCGCUGCCCCGUGUCGGCCAAGCUGUGGGUGGCGCUGCGGCAGGAGCACGCGCAGUACGGCCACCACAACGGGGUCCUGACGCCGCUGCUGGGGUCGGCGCUGAGGGAUCUGUUGGAGGUCGGCGACGCAGCCGCCGCUCGCGCGCUGCAGUACGGCAGCCUCAGCGCCUUCCGGCGGCGCGUCGCGGCCGCGUACGGCGACACGGCGGGGGUGAUGGCGGCGCACCUGGCGUGUCUGCCGCGGCUGGGUGAGAUUCGGGCAGAGCGGGCGCGGCGGGCGGAGGAGGAGCGGCGCGCGUCCGAGGAGCGGAGGCGGCAGCAGUACGAGCUGUGGCAGCGUGAGGCCGAGGCGCGGCGCGGGCGGCCCCAGGUGGCGGCCAACGGGCAGCUGAUGUGUGCGUGUGGCCAGAUGGUGUCGGCGGCCUGCAGCCUGCGGCUGUGCGGCGGUUGCUGCAAGAGGGCCGCCAAGGCCGUGCCCUGCCCCAAGCACGGCUGAGGGCUGCGGAGGUAGCAGGGGAGCGAGCCCUGUGUGCGAUAAUACAGGGUCAGGGGCAGGUUGGCGUAGUCCCGUCGUGUGCAGCGUACUCCCUGACCCCAACAUUCAGUGUUGCAACGUCCGGCAAGAUUCAAGGCCGUGCAUGGUGUGCGUGGGCGUGCAUGAGGUUGUGGGUUGCUUUGCGAGCAGGGGUGGAUAGGCAUCCACAGAAGCCGUGUGGCCGAGCCUCAGCGGCUCAGCUGGGCUCAGCCGUUGGGUGUCGUCUUGUGUCAACUGGAAAUGUUGGGGAACUGCAAUGGCGCCAAUGCGCAACUGUCCGGUGUACACGUCUCGUAAGGAGCCGUUGUGGUGCAGCUAUUGGCCCGUUGUGUUGGACCUCACAAAUCAAGUACGUGGUGAUUGGGUAUGACUUGGACAAAUUCCGCAACAAAACGACUUAUGCCAACGACUCUCAGACGCACACUCCAAACUAUUAUGUAACCCAGAAGCCAG